AAGGGUAGUGUCACAUAUGAAGAUGUCUUCCUUGUAUAUGCAAAAUGUCUUUAUUAUCUUAUUGACUGGAAUAAGUGUUUCAAGUACAUCGCAUGACCACUGGGGGUACAGCAGGGAGGAACAGGCUAAAUGGAAAGACAACUACAAAUCGUGCGGAGGUGAUUCGCAAUCUCCAGUUGCAAUCUAUAGUUCGAAGAGCAUUCCUAUGAAUAUGUCUGCUUUAGAACUGAUACACUAUCGUGAUCCCUUACCCGGUCCCCUAAAACUACAUAAUAAUGGUCAUACAGUUGUUCUGACUAUUGGCCCUGAGUCACGUCACAGACGUGUUCCCUAUAUAUUUGGAGGUAUGUUGGCAGAUGAAUACGUCUUCGAAAGCCUUCACUUCCAUUGGGGUGACGUGAACAGUUUAGGUUCCGAACAUGAAUUCAAUGACGUGAAGUUUACUAUGGAAAUGCAUCUGGUCCAUAGAAAUAAAAAAUUUCAAAAUAUAGAAGAAGCAUCGCAUGAUCCCAAAGGGCUAGCAGUUCUUGCUUUCUUUUUUCAGCUUCGUGAAAAAGAAAAUAAACCGCUGAAUCACAUUGUGAGACAUCUGCCACGAGUAUACGAAUCCGAUGCGAGUUUUGUUUUGAAUGAAACUUUGACGCUAGCAUCUAUUUUGCCUAGCUUUAGGAAAAUGGGCAGAUUCUACAUGUACCCAGGAUCUCUUACAACACCGCCGUGUUCAGAAGCUGUCAUGUGGGUUGUAUUUUCAAAUCCGAUGCCUGUAUCAGACGAACAAGUAAUAAAAAAUUUCCUUCUAUCUCGGCAAGAAGUAGAGAGAUCUGAAUUUAGGAAAAAAUAAGAUGGUCACCAGGUUAAGGUUUGCGGAUAUCUAAAAUGAUCACCGUAGAUCUCCUCAGAUUUUGUAAUCACGUUAUUCAAAGAUUAUUUUAGAACCGUUAGAUAGGUACUUCAG